CUGCCGGGCAGCUGAGAGGGAUGAAGGCGGCUCAUUCGGGCACGGAUGGUUGGGGAGGCUGCAGCCGCCACAGGUGAGGAGCCUGGUGUGGGGCAGGCCUGGGCUCGACCGACCCCUCACAGGCCCCGAAGGCAAGGAGGCCCAGCAGGGCCCAGCAGGACCUCUGGGGGCCAGGGAGGGAGGGCGCCCCACCUGGAGGAGCCUGGCUUGGAGGAGGAGGCUUCUUCGCGAUUCAGGGAAGUCCAGCCCCACAGCAUGGCGCCCUGACCCCCAGCCCCCGGCAGCAGGGCCCCCCAUCUCUGUCCCCUCAAUGCCAUCCGAAGUGGAGGUCCAAGGAGUCGCCUUCAGGCCCUGCACUGCAGAGGAGUCCAGGUCGGCAGCAUGGCCGGGCGUGACUCGUGGGAACUCAAGGUCCUCAGCCUCAACAUUCAAGGCGUCUUGGGCGAUGGGCCAGAAGCGAGUGGCCCUCAUCACCUGCCUCCUGGUCCUCAUUGCUCUGCUGGUGGCCCUCAUCCUGCUGUUCCUGUUCUGGCGGUCAGACACCGGCAUCAUCCACAAAGAGCCAGCAGAGAGCUGCAGGAGCCAGUCGGUGCGAUGUGAUGGGACCAGUGACUGCACCCAGAGGAGUGACGAACUGGAUUGCGUUCGGUUUGGCUGGAACCAGUCCCUGCUCCACAUCUACUCCAGUGCAGAGAAGCAGUGGCUGCCGGUGUGCAGCAGUGGUUGGACGGAGGCCUUCUCCAGAAAGACCUGCCGGCAGCUUGGCUUUCUCAAUGCCUCCCAGAUGGAGUCUGUGCCCCUAUCCUUCUCUGGGAAAAGUCUGGUGGCUGCAGGGAUGCAGAGCACCAUCCAGCAGAGCCUUAACAGCUCCAGGUGUCACACCAGGAAAUACGUUGCCCUUCGAUGCACAAGCUGUGGGCAAAGGAUCUCCAGCCGCAUUGUUGGUGGCAACGAAACUUCAGCCAGCAAGUGGCCCUGGCAAGUGAGUCUCCAGUAUGGCUCCACGCACAUCUGUGGUGGCACCAUCAUUGACCCCCAGUGGGUGCUCACGGCCGCUCACUGCUUCUUCAUGAACAGCGUGAAGAUCCUGGACAAGUGGACGGUGUACGCAGGGACCUCUGACCUCAUGCAGCUGUCCGAAGGCAUUCCGGUCUCCCAGGUCAUCAUCAACACCAACUACACGGAUGACCAGGACGACUACGACAUUGCCCUGAUGAGGCUCUCCAGGCCCCUGGCCCUCUCAGCUCAGGUCCGCCCAGCCUGCCUCCCCAUGUCUGGCCAGAAGUUCCUUCCUGGGAGGACGUGCUUCAUCACGGGCUUUGGAAAGACCAAUGAGCAUGAAGAGAACACGUCCCCGAAGCUGCGGGAGGUGCAGGUGAAGAUCAUUGACUAUCGACUCUGCAACAGCCAGCAUGUCUACGAGGGCCAUCUGACCUCUCGGAUGAUGUGCGCUGGGUACUUGCAAGGAGGCAGAGAUGCCUGCCAGGGCGACAGUGGGGGGCCCCUGGUCUGUCAGGACAGCAACCAUUGGUAUUUGGCGGGUGUCACCAGCUGGGGGACGGGCUGUGGCCAGAGGAACAAGCCAGGGGUCUACACCCAGGUCACCAAGCUGCUCAGCUGGAUCUACAGCAAGAUGGAGAGCCAGAGUGACUGACAAGAGGGAGGCUGCCUGCCGCAACCCUGGGACCCACACCGGGGUUCCCACAGAAGGGCCUCCCAGAGAUGGACCGUCCUGGGGGCAAGAAGAGGCCAGCGCGGCAGAGUCCUGGAGCACCCCCUUCCUGCCCUUGGCGGCGGCUGCUGCUGCAACAGAUGAUGUGACUCUGGUCUUUUUUGCCUCUUUGGAGCAAGGUGGCUGUUGAGCCCAGAGCGGAGCCCUCUGCAGGGGCAUUCCGGGGCAGGGGGGAGUGCCCCCCCCGUCCUGAUGUCCUCCCCAGAGAGCAGUGGUGGCUCAUCCUAACAAGCCUCUUUCCUGGCAGCAGCUGAGGUGACUCCUCAUCUCUCUCCUGCCCUGCCUGAGAGCCACGCAGCUCUACCUGACGAAUGGCCAGCCUGCAGGCAGCGCAGGAAAGAGCAGGAGCCCCUUGAGCUGCUGUCAGGAAGCAGAGGCAGCUGUGCCUCCUUUGAUGCCCCUGCCCCAGCUUCGCCUGAGCUCCUGGAAGGAGGCCGCCUUGGCCAAAAGGGGGUGAAGCCCCUUGACCUCAUGACUUCGCCUGGACUGGCCCAAGGAGGCCCAAGCCCUGUGGCCGCACCCCAGCCCUUGUGCGGUUGGGGGUCUCUUUGGCGGCACCACUGCCCCCUUGGAAGCCACCGGAUGCUCUGGAAGAUCCUCUGGCAGAGUGGAGGGAGGCAGACAGGCUGAAACACUUCUGCCCCACAGGGGACUCUGCCUGCGGGGGGCAGGCUGAGCUGUGGCAGGGACUGGGGCUGCCCUCUGGUCCCCCAAAUCGCAUGCCUUGGGAACAGCCUCCGGCCUGCUUCCCCCCCCCCUCGCUCUGUUCUGUUCCUCCUCGCUGGAAGUGCCUCCAUGGACUGCAGAAAGCCCUCCCUGCUCCCAUCCAGUCUUGGCUACUGCUGGCAGAGAGAGGUGCCCUUCCUGGCCCCGAGAUCCUUCCUUGCAUCUGCCCUGAAGCUGGCACUGAAGUCUGUUCUCUCCUCCUGGGGGCCAGUACAACAAGCCCACCCCUCCGGGAAACUGCUGGCCACCGACCCUGAAGCACAGCUGCCUCUUUGCGGGGUGCUGUUUAUCUGCUGCAGUGCUACCGUCCACGUGGGCAGGACUUUGAGAGGAGAGAUCUGAGGGCAGGAGAGGAGCCAGCCCCAGAGGGAGAUCUGGGCAUCACAGCAAAAGAGGGACCUCAGCGCCACUCUGUUGACGGGGCCCUGAAAGGGUCCCAGCGCACAUCAGGGCUGGCUACAGGGGCUGGCUGGCCCUGCGCUCAUUUCUGCUGCUAAUACACAUUUCAAUGUUCACUUCAUAAUGCCUGUUUGGGCCACUGUUUCUCUGGAAAUGAACAGGGACGAAUACUUAUCUACCACUUUCCAACCAAAGGUUUAUACAGAGAC